ACCCACGGUCCGUUCAGUACCGUUUCAAUCACACAACCAGCAGGAACGGAAAGGGUUUUUUUCGUGUGUGUUUGCGGCGACUGUCAAUUAUGAAACAAACACCGCAGUACUCCGUUGCGGUCAGUGUGUAACGUCGUCCGUUUCUACGCAUCACCGUACCAGUGCCGGUGCGGUACGUUUUGCUGGACGAUUGCGGGCUUGUACGUACCGACACCUACGGGGGAUCAAGAGUGCGUGAUUUUCGUGGGGGAGAAAACCAUCGCUAAUCAAAACACUUGUUGGAUUAUUAGCGGUGAAAGAGUAGUUUGAUCUGCUUUUUUCUUCUUCUUCUUCUUUUCGUACCCUCCCUCUUAAUCUCUCGAUCCAUCCAGCCCGCAUGCCGUGUUGCGUCCGAUAAGCGCUGGUUCAAAGCCCUCUCGUGAACGUGAUUAUUAUUAUUUGACGCCUCGGUGCAAAAGCGAAGAAAAAAUCGUCCGUGGUGUAUAGUGUGUGUGUGUGCGCCUGUGCGCUCGUGCGUGUGCUUGUGUGCGUGGUCGACUGUUGCGCGCGUGUGUGCGGGUUUGUCGAAAGCGAGGAUAUUUUAUAGAUAAAACAACACACUGCACCAAUCGUCAUCAUCAUCCCCGUGGCCCCCCGACCCCUAUCUUGGUGUGUGGAGAGUUUCGAUAGGAAAAAAGCACAGUGUGUGCGUGUGUGCGUGUAUGUAUGUGAGAUGGUUUAGUGUGUUUGGAAGUGAUUUUCUGUACAGAACGAAAGGAUAACCUAUUUGGUCGUCUUUUUUUACUCACGUUGUACCACCACGGGAUUUAAUUGAAUACCGCGUGAGAGUGUGUGUGUGUGUGUGCGGGGGAAAUUCAAUGCACACUUUUCGCCUGUUUCUAAGCAGACGGCUGUGAUUGUCAGUUUUCCAUUCUUCUUCGGAAGCAAAACACACCUGCAUUAUACACUGCAGUUGGAAACUUGUGCCCCGUAAAGGACAAUCGCGAAGGGUUUUGUGUGAGCAAGCAAUCCGACGGUACGCCAUCGUUUCGCCCAUAGCGCUACACAACAUCGAGUGCGCAAAAUGGCGCGUCCGGUGGUGUGGCGGAGGUUAACGGUACUGCUGACCGUCCUCUGUCUGCACGGUGCCAUCGUGCUAACGGAGCAACAUGCCACCGGUCGUCGGCACGGUUUCCCACCGACCGUUCUGCACGUGGAACCGGACGUGGAGACGCAUCGUAGGGCACCGCGUACGAUCACACUGUCACUGGGCGACCUGGAGCACGGUAAUGCCGAUCCGGAGGUGGCCGCCCUACUAGCCCGGUCACCUUUGCUGCGUGACGAGCUGCAGCACCGCGUACGGCGUGAUACGGCGGCACCGAACGUCAACAGUGGCACGGGACAAAACAAAAAUGUUUCCACCGCAGCAACAUCUGGCGGUGGCAAUGCGUCGACGGUAGCAACACCAUCGACCAAGAAUACGGUAUCAUCGGAAUUUUCCCCGUCGCCGAUAAUCAAGGCAAAGACGACCAAUCUAAACGAUUCCCAUGGGCAACUGAUCGUGCACUGGUUGGGCGAAGGUACGGACGUUAUGAUCUGUCUCGCCCGAGAACCUCCAGAUACGGACAUGAAGUCACCGCCGCCGCCUCCAUCGCGUAUCUUCAUGUCCAAUGACUACGGUGAUACGUUCGAGGACAAGACGGCUCAUUUCAUGCUUAACAUCAGCGGUGUAAUGACAAAUUCCACGGUGGAACAAUUUUUCACUCAUCAAAAGUUUAACACGAUUGUCUUUAUUGAUCCCCGGAAUCAAGCGAUCUUUACAUCGGACGAUUAUGGUGCUACCAUUACGAAGCAAAAGCUCGACUUUACACCCUCGGACGUGUCGUUCUACGAUGCCGACAGGCGAACCUUUCUCGUAUUAGACAAGCGUGAUCCUCAAAGAAAGCUUUAUUAUACAACUGAUUUUGGAGCAUCGUUUACACUUCUUCAAAGCUAUGUUAAAUCGUUCCUAUGGUCGUCAGGUGAUGGUGUUCCCAUCCAUCUGUAUGUGGAACGGAAAGAACCAACGAACACUUCAUCGGUAAUCUUCUUCAAUGCGGCCGAUCUUUACACCGGUAACAGGCAGUUUAAUGUGUUGAUCGAGAAGGUGGAAGAUUUCCACAUCAACAAAGACUUUAUGUUUGCGUCCCAGCGUUUGCCCAACAGCACCCAGCUGCUUAUCUCGUACAAACGGGGCAAGUUUGUGAAGGCCGAUUUUCAAACCGAGCUGGACAUUCGGGGCUACCAUGUGGCGGACGUUGAAGGACGCAGGAUUAUGAUUUCGGUGGUACACUCGGAGCGCAUUUCGCAUCUGUACGCGUCCGAAUCGAACGACGACAUGACGGACAUAAAGUUUGUGCCUAGUUUGGAAAACAUUUUCACCUACAUUCCUGAUCUGAACUGGCGAUCCAGUUGGUUGGUUAAAUCUUCUGAAACAGCGUUUACUGAUCUGUAUCGAGUGGAAGGCUUGCGGGGAAUUUACAUCGCAUCGAAGAUGAUCCGUCUGCCGGUCGCUGAAACGAUUACACCGGACUAUCUAAUGUCGGUAAUAACGUUCGACCAUGGUACUACGUGGCGAACAAUUAAAGCUCCGGAAACGGAUGAUGAAGGAGCUUUGCUGAACUGUGGUAAAGAUUGUAGCCUGCACGUGACACAGAAGUUUUCCUCAUUAUACCCAGUGAGCAGAUCCGUAACGAUAAUGAGUUCAAAAACGGCUCCAGGUGUAAUUAUGGCUUCUGGUGUGGUGGGCAAAUCACUAAAAGGCCACCCGGGAGUGUACAUUUCGCGCGAUGCCGGUCUAACGUGGAAACAGAUUCUAAAGAACUAUUACUUCUUCAAUAUGGGCGACCAUGGUGGCAUACUGGUGGCGGUGAAAUAUUUCAAAUCCAAGGGUGAAACGAACGAAAUCCUCUACUCCACCGAUGAGGGUGAACGGUGGCACUCGACACCGUUCAUUGGCAACCAGCUGAAAGUGUACGGGUUGAUGCGCGAAGCCGAAGCAAACGGUACGAUCUUUACGCUCUUCGGUUCGGAGCAGGACGAGCAUCGGUGGUUAAUCAUAAAGCUCGAUCUGAAGAAUGCAUUCACCGCGAACUGCACGGAGGAUGAUUACAAAUAUUGGACGCCCGGUUCGUACUCCGGUGACUAUUUUAUGCCGUGUGUGCUCGGCCGGCAGGAUACGUAUCAGCGCCGGAAACCGCACGCCAACUGCCACAAUGGGCUCGGGUACGAACGGCCCAUUCGGCAGGAAGUUUGCGAAUGCAACAGUUGGGACUUUGAGUGUGACUAUGGUUUCGUGCGCAGCGGCCAGAAGCGUUCGUUCUGUGUGCGUAACAAAACGAUGACACACUUCGAUCCGUACGCGGUACCGAAAUCGUGCAAACCGGGCGCGUAUUACAAUCGUACGCGCGGCUACAGAAAGAUCGAAGGCGACGUGUGUGUUGAUGGAUUUGCGUCCCAGUUUCUACCGCAGGCGAUACCCUGCCCGAUGGAGCAGUCGGAUGAGUUUUUGAUAAUUGCCCAGCGGGAAAAGAUUUCCCGCAUCGAUUUGCGGCACAACAAUACGCGCACCGAGUUUGCCAUUCCUGGGCUUAAAAAUGUGAUCGCCAUUGAGUUUGAUUUGAAGCGCAACUGUGUAUUUUGGGCGGACAUUUUAACGGACGUUAUCGGGCGCCAGUGUCUGAACGGGAACUCGACGCCGGAAACGUUGGUGGACAAUGGUUUGUCGUCUGUUGAGGGUAUGUCUUACGAUUGGAUCUCGGAAGUGCUGUACUUUGUCGAUGGGAUGCGGCUGAUGAUAGAAGCGUUACGUGUUCCGCCACCGGGUACGAUUCCACCGGCCGGUGCCCAUCGUACGCCAAACGUUCGCCGCACAAUCAUGGAUGGGAAGUAUCUGAACAAACCGCGCGGUAUCGUCGUACACCCGAUGGAAGGAUAUCUGUUCUGGACCGAUUGGAAUUCGAUUCGACCGUCGAUUUCGCGAGCAAACAUGGACGGUACUGAUGUGCGGGAACUGUUCACAAAACCGCAGGUUGCGUGGCCGAACGGCGUUACGAUCGAUUAUAUGGCGGAACGGUUGUACUGGGUGGAUGCGAGCAAAGAUUACAUUGCCAGCAGCGAUCUGGAUGGUAAAAACUUCCACAAGGUAAUGCAGCAAGAUCCGUACGUGCAGCAUCCGUUCGCGGUUGCCGUACUGAAGGAUGUGAUGUAUUGGGACGAUUGGAAGCAAAACUCGGUCUUUUCUGCUGACAAAGAUCACGGUAUAAUGGCGAAACUGGUUGCGGACAGUAUGGCCAAUCUGAUGGAUAUGAAGGUGUACGGACAUACGAUACAGGUCGGUACGAACGCUUGCACGAAGAAUGAUCGCUGUUCGCAUAUCUGCGUCGGAGGUCCAAAACACACCUACAGCUGUCUGUGCCCGGAUGGUAUGGAGUUGGUAAAGGAUCAGUGUACAUGCCCGGCCGGAACGACGGCCCAAGGGAAUGGAUGUGCCCGGACGGGCAAAACCUGUGGGCCGAAGUUUUUCAGCUGCAACAACACGCGCUGUAUCCCGCAGAUCUACAAAUGUGACGGUGAGGAUGAUUGUGAGGAUCGUAGCGAUGAGGAAGGCUGUCCGGCAGCGAAACCAGCCUGCCCGCCGCACAUGUUCACCUGCAAGCUAGACCAGCAGUGCAUACCGAAGCAUUAUCUGUGCGAUUACGAUAAGGACUGUAAGGAUGGUAGCGAUGAGGAGAACUGCAAAACGCCGAACUGCAAGAAGGGUGAGUUUACCUGCGACAAUGGGCGCUGCAUUAAACCAAGCUGGGUGUGUGACAGUGAGGAUGAUUGCCGCGAUGGGUCGGACGAGAAGGACUGUCAGAAGAAGAACGUUACGCUGAUCGAGUGCAAAUCGGACGAGUUUCGCUGUAACGUUACGAACACCUGCCUGCCGAACCAGUGGCGCUGCGACACGGAACAAGACUGUCCGGACGGUUCGGAUGAAGCGAACUGCAACAACAACACGUGCGAAGCGUGGAUGUUUACGUGCGUAAGCGAUGGUAAGUGUUUGUACAAAACGUGGCAGUGUGAUGGUGCGAAGGAUUGCAAGGAUGGCAGUGACGAGCAGGACUGCGAAGCGAUCCUGGGCGAAACGAAACCGGAAGCGAAAAAACCGGGCAUCAACAUAAUGCCGGGCCAGGAGUGUCACGAUUGGAUGUUUAAGUGUAAAAACGAACGGUGCGUACCGUACUGGUGGAAGUGCGACGGGGUUAACGAUUGUGAGGAUCACUCGGAUGAGGAUGGGUGUAGCGAGAUCGGUAAAACCACGAUCACUAACGGCACGACACUGCAUCCAGUCGCACCGACUCCAACGCGGCGCAAGGAUCGUACGUGCGGAUUGCACGAGUUCCGCUGCGAUUCGGGCACGUGCAUUCCGAAACGAUUCGUGUGCGACGGGUACAGCGACUGUACGGGCGGUGAAGAUGAGGCGAACUGCCCGAGCCAGAAGCUGUGCAGCAAUAAUUAUUUCCGCUGCCGGACGGAUGGUAUGUGCCUUCCGAUGAAUCGGUUCUGCAAUGGAAUACAGGAUUGUGUCGAUGGUAGUGAUGAGGAGUGCAGCUUUAAACCAUCAACAUCUGUGACGACAAACCGGAACUGUAGUACCAAUCCGGGUGUGUUUGCGUGCGACAAUACCUGCUUUGCGUUGAUGCUCCUGUGCGAUGGUAAACCGGAUUGUUACGACGGAACGGAUGAGGAUAAUUGUCCGGGUAAUCGAAAAGGGCGACAAUACUAUCAGGUUACACAGAUCAGUGUCGAUCAACGUUCAUUAAACUCGACGAGCUUCCUUAUCUACUGGUGGAUCAUGUUGGACGCAAAUGUAACGUACGAAUAUUUACCCUCGAUUUAUUACAACAAUGAGUGGAAAAAUGUCACUAACUGGAUAACGGAUACGUCGUACCGCUUUACCAACCUGAAGCCCUAUACCACCUACACGGUGACGGCGUACGUACGGGUGAAGGGUCAAACGAAGAUCACACCACCGUACAUUUACUACGAAAUAGCGACCACCGAAGGAAUUCCAUCACCACCGUUAAGCGUCGUAGUCAUUCAGCAGAACGGAUCUCGUGUGCUGGUAAGCUGGGAUCCACCGAAGGAGGUAAAUGGGCGGCUCGAGGGUUACACGGUGAACUUCCGCUCGCAGUCGAAGAACGUUACACCGGCGCAGAACGUGAAGGUGAGCGCAUCGGAAACAAGUGUCGUCAUCGAUAAGGACUUCAAAUCCUACGUGGUGUACGAGUUUUGGGUGAAGGCACGUAACGGUAAGCACGAAUCGCUUUCCUCCGUUAUGGUACCGUUAACGUUCGACGGUACCUCGUUCGUGGAGAAAAUUACACGCAUCGAGGUGCUGAACAAAACGGCCAAAUCGGUAACGUUGCGAUGGAAACCGGUAAGCAAUGCGGAUGGGUACAUGGUGGUACCGAUACUGCCACAAACCUAUCCCGUACUGCCAACGAUAAAGGUACAAAAUGCGACUGUUAUUACGCUGGACAAUAUGGUACCCGGCACGCAGUACGUCAUCAAGGUGGCAGCGUACGUGAAAAACUUUUUCGGCCAGCAUGAAACGACGAUCGUUUCGUUCGGCGGUACACCGCUACCGGCACUGAACGUAGAGCUGAAGGAGAAAACAAACGAUUAUGCGCUGCUGGAGUGGAACGAACCAAAAGGAUUGGACACGAGUAAGCUGGUGUACGGUGUAUACUAUGGUACAAGCAUGGAUGCGCUGUUUGAAGCCGCUCGUAUUAACACUACAUCGCGCAGCAUUAAAUUGACGGGCCUGAUGCCUUGCCAAUCGUAUCUGGUCAGUGUGGGUAUCGUCGGUCCAAUCGGACCGGGUCCCCUCGGCCGCAAUCCGCUCAAACUGGAAACGGCUUACAAUCGUACGCUACCACCAAAGGAACUAACAGUUGUAAUAAACGAAACUAGUCAAGAAAUGACCAUCGAAUGGCAGCAUAGCUGUGCUUUGGAUUUGGGCGCGUACCCAUCAUACAUUAUAACGGUGCGCGAACUAACGCUGAACAAAACAUCCGUCGUGACGGUGCAACCGUCUAGCAACAAAACGAUAGUACAUGUAUUCCGCAAGAUUCCUAAAGGUGCGGCAUACGAGAUAUCCGUAUCAACCGACAUUCCCAAUGCGCAGGCAGUUAGCAUGAUUGCGUAUUCCGCACCAUUGCCGGCGCCGGAACAAUUGCAGGUGUGGGAGGAACACAACGGAACGUUCGUGGUUUAUUGGAAAACUGUAAAAGAUUUUACAGAUGAUGGCUACUCGUAUGAAAUCAUUGUGUACGAAGGCCGAGGCAUCAACAGUUCAGUACCUCCAAGACUUACGAUACCGGCCAAAGAACCGCCCGUUUUUAUCGAACCGUAUCAACUAAAUUGGAUCGAAAACGAACCCUUAACGCUUGGCGUUCGACUCAAAACGGAUCAGGGUCUGUACUCCGAAAUAGUGGAGACGGAAACAUUUAUCAAAGAAAUUUAUCGAUACACACCUUUGCGUGCCAGCUCGUCGGUCGGAUCGUCCUGGAAAUGGAUCGUGCCGACCGUGAUUGUGGUGGUACUUAUCGCCGUGCUAGCGUACGGUGUACAGCGCCACCGGCGGCUCCAGAGCUCGUUCAGCCGGUUCGCAAACUCACACUACGACACGCGGACCGGUGCCACCCGCAUCGGCUGCACGCUGGACGAUGAUGAGCACGAGCAUCAGGAGGUGCCGCGCAGUUUCUCCGACGAUGAACCACUAGUGAUUGCUUAAAUUGUAAGUACAUUGUUCUAAGCUUUACACAUACACACACACACGGGUUUUGCAGAUAUUAAUAGAUUUCCGUGCUACAGUAGAUCUCCGCGGUUCUCCGCGUGUCACCCUGCCGUGAAAGCAGUGCGUGUGUGUAUUCGUGUGCGUUUGUGUGUAUGUGUGUGAUUGAUAAUAGGAUAGAAAAGCGGAAUCAAAGGGAAAAAAAGGAGGGAAAUAGAAAUAUGAGGUGUUUGCAACAGUUUUGGUCAGCUGUUUUUUCCAUGUUAGAUCACAAAAUAGCAUCAAAUAUGUAAAAGUUUGUUUUUUUUUAGAUUUUGUAUAACCUUAUUUCAGAUUGUGUAAUCAAAAACGAAGCAUUAAUUUAUAAAAAUUUUGAGAACUGCGUUUGUCAUAGUUUGUUAUUGACUCACGUUCAAAAAUUUAUGACACUUAUGAAUUCACGGACUUCCAAUUGGUGGUUUAAGUCUUAUUACCUAUCAUUUGAAUUCUUUUUUUCCAAUCCGUUCAAUCCAGUUUAAAAUUAAUUAUAAUUAAAUCACUAAAACACAAAAAAAAUCAACAAACUGAUCAAAACUAGUGCAAUGACCUUAAUAACUACUAGAAGCGAACAGAACUGAUACAUAUUGAUACGACUCCAACUUCCUUCGCGUACAUUUAAACGAGUCAGCUUUGCGCGAAAGUUGCAUAACGAUAUUAGUUGGAACGAGAGAAAGUCCGAAUAAUGAUAAAGAAAAAACCUAGCAAAGACAGUAACUAAAGAAAGUAAAAUCAGAAAUACAAAAACAUAAACGUAGCAUUACGCAUUAAGGAUGAGACGAGAAUAGUAAAGAAAAGCAUGCGUUAAGCAAAGUCAUAAAGUGAAACAUAAAGGAAACAAAGGUUAGGAGGGAAGUGUGUGAGCUGCAUAAGCAAACAAACUGAAAGACUAAACUAAUAAUUUUUUUUUUGUAUUUAUGUGUUGUUCGUUUUAUUGAAAUAGAUUUAUUUAAUGUAGGAAAGCCAGUAGUAGAAUGGACUAGCAAAACAAAUAAAAAACACGGUGGUCUAUGCGGAUGGGUGCGUGUGUGUUUAGCAUACUGCAAGAUAAAGAGCCAGAGACACUAUCUAAAUCCAUAUGAUAUCAACACAACCACAAAAAAAACAAUUUUGAUAAUUAUUAUCACAAGCUGUUUUACAAUUUACAGGCUUCUCUGUAUGUAAACUAUGUAUAUUCUGUUUAUGUUUUCCUGUUUUGCUUUCUUCACUACACUUGUCACAUAUAACUAUGUAUGUUCGGGUAUCGCAAUUCACGCGAGUUUCUUUCAUAGUAUGUAGUAUGUUAGCAGGAUUGUACUAAUUAAAAACAAAAUAGCCAGAAUAGAAAACGGGAAGCUAAUAAUUCAUAAAAUAAACAGUAAAUUGGAACAUGUGCGGGUUACGUUUUUUUUUUUUUUUGCAAACUGUAAAGUAAAAUCCUAAGCCGAGUUCUUCGCUCAUACAUGGAAGAAAGUUGUGCUUGUGUACAGACUGUGAAAUUGUGACCACUUGUUUGUAAAAAAAAUACACUCACACACACAUAAAACAAAAUAUGAAUAACAAAGGGCGUAAAGGGUCACCGAUCCUUAAAGGAUGGAAAGAGAAGAUCGUUUUAUAUCUGUCCUAGAAAGGCAAUGGUUUAUUUAUGGUGUGGAAUUGGGUAUUUGGUUUCUUAUUUUCUUUAAAGCUGAUGAGCAAUAUUGGACUAUGGUUUAGUUAGAGAGACAGACUUUUAGAAACAACAAGCUCGCAAAAGAGAUUAUACGCAAAUGUUCCAUCAUGGGAUAUGUUAGGGUCGAUAGAAACAUAGUGAUGAUUGCAUCUUCAAGGUACAGCACAGGCUUUGCAGUGUGAACUAAUAGGGCAAUACUAUGGGAAGGAGCUAGAAAACAAAUUGCUGUAAUUUUCUCCUUAUAUAUUCUUCUUCCGUGUGUAAAUCUAUGGUUUUUUUUUGGUCAAAACUGACCUACAGCUUGAUUAUUGAGACAGAUAUAGAAAGCGCAAGAGAGAGAGAGAGAAAGGUGCGUGAUGGAUAACGAAACGUGGUGAUGAUAGACAGAGAUACUUCCGUUCAAAUCUUUCAUUUUGGCUUCUAUAGAUAUUGAAACUAUUUAAACAAUAAACACACCAACCAAUUCCAAAUGCUGGUGCUCCCUUACCGCAAGAAGUGGUAGUGUAAAAUUAUAGUGCGUCCUGCGUCAGUUGAAUGAAAUUGUAUAAUGAUCAACUUAACCAUAAGUAGCGAAACAAUAAACGGUGCGAUGUGUGUGUGUGUGCCAUCCCUAUUACCCGGUAGUCCAGUGAACUCGUCCGCAUGACGACGACGGUGUCACAGUAUCAGUGGACGACGGAUGGGAUCACAGAAAACGAAGAACAAUUUGUUAUUAUUAUCAAUUAAUCAUUUGAAUUUAAUUUGAAUUAUUAACUAUCGAAUUAGCUGCGCUUCCGGUGGGACAUGUCAAGGAAAGAAAGUUUAAUUUAUAGAUCAAUAAGGAUGCAAAUGGGUUCGUAGCGUUCUUAUAACAGGUAUUGUCAUUACUUUGUGACAUUUUUGUUUAAUCUGGAAAUAGUGUCAUUUUGAAGUGUCAUCCUAAAGGAUGAUUUACUUCUUUAUAUCAAUAUAAAAGAAAAAUACUUUUAAAAGCAUCGAACUAUGAUUGAAGUUGCUCUAGCUGAAGUAUCUUGUCGGAAGUGGUUUGGACGGUAUUUAUUCUUAAAGACGAAGACGAACAUCCUGGAGAGCCUCAAACGUUUGGGAAUGGAUAACUAAACACAAUCUUCAGCUAAUAUACAUUUCAAACAUUUGAUUCCAGGACAAUCCAUGAAUAUCCAUCCAGGGCGUUGGAUAUCAUCCAAACAUCUGUACUGUGAUAAGAUAAAUACAAUCACAAUUACGGUCGGUACGAUCCAUUUCCAGGACGAUCCAACCGAAGAAGUGGCUGAUAAUGUUGUGAUCAUUGAUAAAUGAUUCCGUUUUCACUAUUUCGGAGUGCCAACGCUUCAUGGCGAUGAAAAAUAGCUGCAAAACUUCCGUAAACCAAUGGCGUUAUGAAAAGCAAAGAAUCGAAACCUCGACCAAGAUGAAUACAUAUGGCCAGAAGAUCAUUCUGUGAAUUUGGUGAAACCGGCAUGGGGUCAUCUAUUAUGAGCUACUACCAACAAACCAAAAAAGAUCACAAAGAAGGUCUAUGGACGAUAGUUGAUGCGUUUAUGCCGAUCAAUUCGAGAAAAACGGCUACAAUUGUUCUUGUAUAUAUCUUGUAUCUUAUCUUCUUUUGUAUCAAAAUGGUUGUGUAUGUGUCAGACACUAGGCGACUCCUUUAUAAGCCAAUCAUACGGGGAAAGGAAUUGUGAUCAGGGGUGGAUCAACCCUCUUAGAGGCCCUUGAAGGCCUUAAAGGUUGUGGGGGCUUGUAGGGUGGCGAUAUUUCUGAUUGAAUGUCGUUCACUUACCCGAGUAAAAGAUAAUUUGAUAGCUUUCUGGCACAAAAAAACACUUGAAUUUUUUCUGUGAACAAAGACACAUUCACACAUUUAAAAAACCACACGCGACAAAAUGGCCACAUUUUGUAAUACACGAUUUCAAGCAAUAA